GUCCCCUGUGUGUGGUCUGGAGUGCUGGAACAUGGCAACCGUCCUCGCUGCGGAGGAGCUAGGCUCCUUGAAAUACAGCGACCUACAGAACUUGGCCAAGAGUUUGGGCCUCCGGGCUAACUUGAGGGCAAACAAGCUCUUAAAGGCUUUGAAAACCCACCUUAAACAGGAAGCACAAAAAGAAAAUAAGAAUCAGGAUGAAAGUCAAGCUUUUGCAUCCUCUGCUGAUGAGACUGAGGUACAGAUUAACAGUGGGGAACAAGCCACGAAGGAGCAGGUGGACCACAUCACCAAAACAAGGAGGCGGCGGCGACGGCAUAAGACAGUCCCUAGGGAACCUGUCUCACAGCAGGAUCAUUCUGAGGUAAGCCUGAGUCAUUUCACUGAACUACAGAGUCAAGACCUGGAAAACUGGGAUUUCGGAACUACUGGAAAAGUCCCUUCUGUAUCAGACAAGAGCCUUGGAGAUGAGCAUACAGUUUCCUUAGGAAAAGAUAAUGAAGAUUCAAAGGAACCUUCAGAAAAACAUUCUCGCUAUACAGAUGGAUUUUUCAUACUUGGGAACAGGAAAAGAACUGCAGUUACUACUCCAAACUUUAAAAAGCUCCAUGAAGCUCAUUUUAAGGAAAUGGAGUCCAUUGAUGAAUAUAUUAAGAGAAGAAAGAAACACCACUCCUCUCAUGAAAUGAAGAAGCAGUCCAGCAGUGAGCGAGGGGUAACGACACCCAAGCCUCCAGGAAGCGUCUCCAUAGCUUGCACUCCCGCCAGCCAGCAGCGCUCACAAGGCCACUCAGCAACGAAAAUGAACGUCAGAUUUUCAGCUGCAACUAAAGAUAAUGAGCAUAAGCGUUCACUGACCAAGACUCCAGCCAGAAAGUCUCCACAUGUCACCAUGGCUGAGAACAUGGCAAAAGGCCAGACUGUGUUCGGGACACCCACGUUAAAGACCACAAAGGGGAAAUCUGCUGCUACUGUUAUUACUCCAUUCAAGUUGACAACUGUGGGAAUGCAGACUCCUGUCUCCAAUAAGAAACCAGUAUUUGACCUCAAAGCAAGUUUGUCUCGUCCCCUGAACUAUGAGCCACAUAAAGGAAAGUUGAAACCAUGGGGGCAAUCUAAAGAAAAUAAUUAUCUGAAUGAACAUGUGAGCAGAGUAAGUUUCCAUAAGAAAACUUACAAACAACCUCCUAUCCAGACCAGGGAAGAGCAAUGGAAGAAACACGAGCAAGAACGGAAGAAGAAAGCCAAGGUUCUGGGAGCUCGCAGGGGCCUUAUUAUGGUUAAAGACAAAUGAUUUUUAACCCCUGUAAAUAUUACUUCAUUCUGAAUUUGCUUUCCUUGUAUAAAUAUUUCUACACUGUCCUUUUUUUUCCUACAGAUAACUUUUGUUCAUUAUCUAUGUAGUGUGAGUACUUCAUGUCCACAGCUCUGAAAGUUAUAAACAUCUUAAAGCUCAUAAAUUCUGUGGAAUGGCUUUAAGUGUUUGUAUAGCUC